AUGUCGACCCUUAGGCUCGCAACAGCUGCUAACAUACGCGCUUUCCAAAUUUUGACCGAUGCUCUUAGUGCAAGCGACAGUAAGUCUACGGAAGAAGUAGACGGCGAUGCGCUCGAGGACGAGAUCGGAAGGUUCAGAGUAUGGGCUGGUAAUCUGGGUGCGCUGCAGAAAGGUCACAGCUCGCUAGACUACAGGCUACGCGACUCCCCUAAUCUGCUUAGUAGUGCACUCAAGCUUCUGAACGAGCUCGAGCACAACCUCAAUGAGACCUUCGCAGUCAUAUCCGGAGCUCGUCUACCUUUCGAGGCGCAAACAUCGACGGAAGAAGUCGAGGAAGACGAAAACGACGAUGGGUUCUUCAGCGAAGAAGACGACAGUGAUAGCGAUGGACCCAGGAGCGAGUUGAAGAUGAGGUUUGAGGAGGUGGUUGAUAUCAUCGACAAUCUCUACAAGCUUAGCGUACGCAUCAGAACGCCUAGCAUACACUCAAGAUCACUUAAAGCUUCCUCUUAUAUGCCAAAAGAUCCAGAGACCGGAGUGGAUAUCCUUGAUGCUUAUGCCGAGUUGGACAGAAAGCAUGUCCAGGAGCUACUCCUCCAAUUACGAAAACAACUUCCUUCGGGGGCGCAAGAAGAACAAGCCUCUCUGAUUGAGAGGCUAAGCUCCUCUAUCACGCUACGUAGGCGGCAUUUCAAGUAUUGGAAGCGACAUCGUGACAAACUCGGCGCUUCCGCAAUUCCUGAAGAGGCACCGGAGCCUGUCGUACCUGCUCCACGUGAGGCACCUAACACAACCCGUAACGACAACCUCGAAGCCUUUCCAACAACCCCGAUGAUCACGACCUCGAAACCGACGCCAAGCCAGAAGACCGGCAAGACUCUCUUGUCAGGCACGGAAGCGACACACCAUCAUCAGUCUCUAGAUGACAUAGUGGAUACCAAGUCGGUGACAAGCUACGCUGUGACAGUGAGGGAUCUGCACGGGAAAGGCAUUGAAUUACCGCCUCCGCCCAAAGCUGCCAACGGCGACAAAGACUUCGAGUGUCCGUAUUGUUGGAUCGUUUGCCCUGCAAGAUAUGGCAAAGGACGAGCUUGGAAGACGCAUCUGCUGCAAGAUCUACAGCCAUAUAUCUGUACAUACCAGGACUGCGAGAGCUCUCAACAGCUCUUCCGUAGUCGCCGGGAGUGGGCCGAACACGAAGCGACCCAUCGUAAACUAUGGCGAUGUCCAGAACACGCAGCGGCCUUGUAUAGCUCUGUCUCUGGUCUUGAGAAUCAUCUUCGACAAGACCAUAAUGGCAGCUUCCCUGAAGAUCAGAUAGCAGUCAUUGCCAAGGUCGGGGAGACGACAGCGAUGGAUACACGCACCAAGUGUCCGAUCUGCUAUGUACCCGCAGAUACUGCCGGACUAGGUGAUUUACAAAGCCACAUCGCAAAUCAUCUGGAACGCUUCGCUACCUUCGCACUGCCUCACGGGAGGGAAGACGACGCGGACGGCGCAAGCAGCAUCGCAAGCCGUGGGAGUUCCAACUCUCAAUCCCUACCCGACUCAGUCCGCACAGACACAAGCACUGACGAAAUCGAGCUGGAAGAUACUCUAAAACUGGAGGAUCCCUCUGAGAUCCUCCAUAUAACGGAGCCUGGACAGAAUUUACUGUCCGCAGAGAGAUUGCAGCAACUUCCCGACGAGAGUCAUAAUCGGUUAGCGAUGAUCGCAAACCAAUCGAAUGAUCUGGAGGAUUCGGAAGAUGAGCAACCUGAUGAUCCGCAGAUUGACGAAGACGUAUCGCUUUCACACAAGAAACACCUAGACCAUGUGGAAGCAUUCAGGCAACAUGUCCUGACCCUUCCAGGGGCCUUGUCCGUUCGAUUCUAUCGACGCUAUGGUUCCUGGCGUGGCUCGAUAACUUUCGCUGAUGAUUGGGUUGGUGAGGAGGCGCUGAAGGUCUUCGAUACUCAGCGCUUCCCCAACAUGGAUUUCAAACCCAAAAAGGACACGAGCAAGUGGAACUUCACCAGGAUCAACCCACCACAUAAAAAAGAGCACACGUUCACUCGCCAGUCAACGGCGGAUACACAGGCUACCGAAGAUGCUGAGGCAUUUUCAACUGGAUCUGAAUUGUACGACCAAGAAGCUGAAGAUUCAGAAAAACAAGCAAUCAUCUCGACAGCCGACAUCCCCACAUUGCGUUCCCUAUACCAAUCUCGGCGGCUGUUGCAGCGCGAUCAGAGCUUUGCGCCAAACGAUGCCUAUAACCAGAUGAUCUCGUUCUGUCAUUACGAUCUGACAAGGCUGAGAGUGGAUGCCAUUGUCAAUAAUGCUCCAUCUAACUUCAAGGCCCAACCUGAUCCAAAAUCGUUGCAUUAUGUUAUAUACCAAAGGGGUGGAUCAGGUCUCAGGAAUGAGGCAAGAUCAAAACCUAGAGUCAAGGCGGGUCAGGUCGAGCUCACUCAUGGACACGAUCUUCCGGCUUCGUGGGUGAUACACGCUGCAGCGCCAACAUAUACCGGUUCUAAAGGUGUCGGUCAAUUCAACAUUUUGAGCGCGUGCUAUCGUGAGGCUCUGAAAACAGCUGCUACUUACGAACUCAAGACGAUCGCUUUUCCUUGCCUAGGCACUGGAGGUUGUAACUUUCCGCCACGUGUUGCUGCACGCAUAGCGCUGCAGGAGAUCAGAGAAUAUCUGGACGCACAUCCUGAGCAUCGCCCCGAGCGAAUUAUCUUUUGCGUAAAAGCAGCGAUUGAUGAGAAAGCGUACACAGACUUCUUACCAGUCUUCUUUCCACCUACGCAUGGAGAUCUCGACAGAGCGAGAACAUCGGACUGGUCAGCGAAUCGCGCCGCGUUAUCGGCUCAGAUACUAGAGGCACGUUCACAGCUUCAAAAGGCCUUGAUUGACAUGUCCGACACCUACGUUUUUAGGUCGGAGACUGCUGAGACUAACGCAUGUGCCCAUGACAUGCGGAGGCUCGAUUUUGCGCUGUUGUCCAUGCGCAACUAUCUUUUGGGAUCAAAGGAGCUUAAGCGGAGUCUUGCAGAUCUCAAUCUACUGUGCUCUGUCAUUUCAACCGCAUGUAGUACCAUAUCGGAGAUCGCAGAACGAGCGAAAGAAGUAGGCUUCACCAAGGAGGAGCAAAAUUUCUGGGACGAAGCCAAUACUGGUAUGCAAGCCAGCCAUGGAUUCGAUCUUUCGACUCUCUUCGACUAUUGCUGGAUGUUUGCGAACAGCUUAGAUGGCGUCAUAGGAGGCGAUAGGAAGGAACCGGAUUCGAUGGCAAGAGCACGGCAAGUCUUGGAAAACUACGCUGUCAAACAGAAAAGUCAAGAUGCGAAAGGUAUCCGCGAUCAUUUGGACGAAGUCAUACAUGUGCGCAAAUCCGAAGCACCUAUCUCGAACAAUCGAGAAAUCAUCCAAGUUCAUCAGAUACCUUCCGUUGCGCGGCUCUAUCUACUUGGCGACCUUGAGGCCAAGCCAACGAUGGCGCAACCGUCCACUUCAUUCAACCAUACUGUCUGUUUGCUAAGAGAAGAUAUCACCAGACUCGCAGUCGAUGUUAUGGUCAACUCUACCGACGUUUCCUUUUCCGGCAUGGGUACCUUGGAUCGCACGGUUUUCAAGAAAGGUGGGCCGGGACUACGUUGGGAAGUCGAAGCUGAGCAGAUCGGACCAUGCAAAGAAGGUGACGUCAAAGUAACUCCUCCUUUCCUCCUACCAGCCAAGCACGUUGUUCAUGUCGUCCCGCCCGGUCAAUUCAGAAAGGAUACCAAAAGGAUCUUGAGAGGCAUCUACCGGGAGAUUCUACACACUGCCGUAGAACUGAGGGCAAGAUCCGUCGCGAUACCCAGCAUUGGAACUGGUAUGCUGAAUUAUCCGAGACGUGACUGCGCAUCAUUAGCCAUGGAGGAAGUGAAACGAUUCCUGGAAUCCGCAGAACCGGCUAAUGGUCUCGACAAGAUCAUCUUCGUGGUCUUUUCCUCCAACGACGAGUUCGUUUACAGGAGCCUUCUGCCAAUCUACUUUCCGCCGCCGAAACGCAGGGUUUCCGAUGCAUCACAACGCGAGAAGCAGACCUCCGCUCAACACCAGGCAGCGAUGACCAUAGAUGACCACAUGCGAAUAGAAGCUGAGCGAGAAGAGAGAAAAGAUGAGAUACGAGAAAGAUUUGCACAAGAUACCCCACUUCCAGCGUCUUUUCGACAAACUGAUGAGACCCGAGAAGACUCGUCUUCAUCAAAGCCAUCUGCUACAAUUCUUCCUGCCUCAUCUGACUUGCGGAAGCUGUCCGAGGUCAAUGAGGAAGUUAGACAGAUGCGUUACCGAAAAAUCAUCCAACAGACGCAGAUGUGGACCCACGAGUCCCGCCCCAUGGAUAAGAGUGAAGAACAUGCAUUUUUUCAAUUCGAAUCGCAUGUUGACGACUGUGAUACGUGUCAUAAUGGAUUAUAUGAGAGGCGCCAUGAACUCUGCCAACAGGGCUACCGUCUUGGAGAAGACAUGUGGCAGCGUGUGGAAAUGUCUCCACAUGCAAACGUCCAUGCCAGAAGAGAUAGGUACAAAUUGGAGGUACCAGCGGAUCGUUUGCCUAGCUCCAUGCUUUUGCUCUCGACUAUCGCGCAAAGCGCUACGCAAAGCACACAGACGGAGAGUGGCCUUGGAUAUCCGUUCUUCCAGACAGUCACACCACGCGAGGCAAAACCAAAGGACCCGGCUCAUGAAGACGAGAAUGCGUCACACCAUCCCGCAGUUGAAGAUGAGAACUCCACUGCGUCGACCACAGAGCCACCUGCAGUAAUCCAUGCGUCAGUCCUUGCUCCGUUGACAUUGGGGGACUGGGUGCACUCCAUUCUCCAUAUCCAUCAGAGCAGGAUCGAGCUAUAUCGUACAGAUAACUAUUCUGAAGGCAAUCCGUAUGCGACGAUAGAUCUCGCUGGCGCCAAUUCGUCCUUGACGCGAGGCGCUACAUUGGACUACUCUAACCAGCCGGCGCAGGCUAGAGUCGCAGAAUAUCAACAAGCGCUGUCAUAUCACAACUGGAUGUUGAAGAACGGUUACUCGAACCACCGACCGCCUUCUCCUCGAAUUGUCCAAGGCCCCGAUGCUUCCGCUGUGCGUCUACCUCCACACGCAACGUCUUUGAUUGUGGGAAAAUUGGAAGAAAUGGAAGGGGAAGGAACACAGGAAGUAGAGAGGAUUCGGGUGAUGGAACGAUGGCAUUUUCUCGACGCAUUAGCUCCUGAAGCUCCAGCGCUGUUCGACGCUCUCCAACGGCUCGUCAACCGUAACAAACCCCGACCGAAGCCGCAGUGUUGGGAGCACGGGUGCAAUGGAAGGGAAUUCUCCACGUUCAGUAAUCUUCUACGACAUCAACGAGAGAAAUCAGGGAACGUAUCUGGAGCUUACUGCCCUACAUGUGGAAAGGAGUUCACAGGCCGUACUGCAAGGAACGCACACAUGACGCAUGAGAAUUGCAUGCCAAAGCCGCGUGCACAGAUCCUCGAUUAUCUUUCCAACGACCUCAAGACCCGGCCUGGCUCGUAUAUAGGGCAGGAAACCAGCAGUAUUGCUUCUGGAACCGGCAUCGACACGGAAUUAGUCACAAGCUUGUUGAACAUGCUUGCAAUAGAGGGGCGCGUGCACAACACUGUCGACGAUCACACUUGGGUUAUCUCGGAAGAGGCUAAGGAGCUUCCUCCAAUCGAACAAGAGCUUCAACCACCAGAAUCAGGCGAUGGUUACCCAUUCACUUCAGCUGGUCCGUCUGCUCUAGCUGACCGAAUAGUAUCAUGCUUGAGUAGUAGAGCCCAGGGGCUAUCUCUUGAGGGGUUUAGUCUCGAACUCCAGGCUUCUGAUCCAGAACUUUUUAUGAUGAUAAACGAAUUAGCAUUGAACGGAUACAUCGCGUUUAGAGACGAUAAACGCACGUGGAUUCUGACCGACUUGGGUGAGCAAAAAGCAGUCGAGAUACGAGUGAGAGGGGAAAGAGACGCCAUGCGAGACACUGGAACGUUUGCCCCGAACGAAAAAUCAUCAAGCGACCUAUCAGAACGUGCUCUGUCUUACUUGAAAAGCCUGCCUGGGAUAAGCGAAAACAUAUCAGAUCUCGCGUCUACGUUUGAUGUUCCGGUUGGAGAGCUUCGACCAGUACUCGACAAGCUGGAGUCUGAGGGCUUAGUAGAGAACAAGGAUGAUAGGUCCAGUUGGACUGCGUCGCUUCCAACAAACAACCAAGCUAAUGUCCCACAUCCUCCAAUAUACCCGCCUGCAUCUACCAGGGAUCAUCGAUCUGUUUCACCGCAACUCCGACAUACACAGUCGCUGGAUUUGAACUCACCUACACUUCCCGGAAUUCGCACGCCUACUUUGCGUAGUACAUCACCAGUAGUAGAGUCUACCAUUGAGACUAGCCACGAUGAUGAUGGAUCAAGCGGAACGAGGUCCAGGGAAAGCCGGGGCGAACAACUGUUUCAUCGCUUUAAUCUCCCGAAUCCAACGUCCUACCGCAAACAGUCCGUUUCUGAUGCCAACCUCAUAUCACACGAAUCAAAGCAUCCGUCCGACGAUAGGCCUACUCCAGAAUCUGACCCCGACCUGAGCAAUCACAGCAAAGAAGCAGAGCCGUCAGGCCUACCUCAGCCACCGAAUGUUAACGAGAGGAUCUUCAGCAACCACCGUUCUGUCUUUGCUCAGCAGAACAUUCCCAGUCCUGAACCUUCAAAGGUAGAGGCAGAACACAUACGCCUAGAAGCAAAGGAAGCCGAGACCCCCGACAAGAGUAAAGAGAGCAGCUCAAAAGACGACAGCGGUGUAAAUGAAAGAAAACAGACUGAGAACAUCGGUGAAAUGGCCAGAGAAUUUGUGGAACGUGUUGCGAUCGACACAAAAGGGUCUAUAGAAGGAUCCAGCUGGAGAGAUGGAAAGGGUGCGAAACAAAGGAAACAGACCAGAUCCACCAGGGGAAUAGCAGAGGAUAUUGACGAAAGCCUGCAAGAAGGUACAGCAAGUAGCUUGAGACGAGCUAGGAUGGCAAAGGAAAAGAAACACAAAAAAUCGAGUAGAGUAGCAGCAGAAGACAUCGACGACAAAUUGGAGUACUACGAUGGGCAGGAGGAGGACUUCGUGGAUAAUGAGGAAGAGACGGUGAAGAAUUAG